AUCCCUGGCGCAGCGUUGAGACGCGCAUGACAGAACGGAGUAGGCAUGGCGAGAGCCAUGCUCACAGCCGAGACGCGGGCUAGCGGCUCGGCGACGUUGCCGGUGCUGCUCUGCGCCGGGGCCCGGACAGGCAUCGCCCGCCCGGGUGUCCGCUCCGCCCAUAGAGCCCGAUGGCGACGGCCGCGCGCAGGGACCCGGCUGAGAGUUCCAGGACUGCAGAAAUACUUAGGGAACCAACACAGGGGCUCGUCUGUGCUUCCUGUAUCAGGACCAUGGACACUACUUCUUGCCCCAGCUCCCCAAGUAUGUGCUGUGGCUGGUAAGGCUGAGGUUGUUGGUGUAGAGGAGACCACGAGGAGGAGCAUUUCUGUAGGUGUGCCACAGGUGAGGACUCCAGGGCAGGUGUGUCUGCCCAGAAGGCCUGCUCCUAGGAGAUACGAAGCUUCGUCUCGAGGGACAUUUAUGUGCACCAGGGAGCACAUACCACGUGGAGGCUGUACACCCAUGGGGCAGGUGGGCAGUGAAUUUUAUUGCAGACCUCCUGUAGCACCAGAAGCAGCACAUUGGAGAGAAACACUUGCGGAGCAGAGUCUCAUUUGUGAAGAGCUACAGGUUCUGUGUCCCAGAAGCGCUUUACCUACAUGGCGAGGCGGGGCGGGGGAGGGGGGGUCGGGAAGGACCUCAGGAAUGACUUCUUGAGCAGCUCAGUGUCUCUUCGAUGUAAGUCCCUCCCAUUGUGGAGAAACCCAAGAGAGUACCGAGUGUGCAGUGGCCUCACGUGGUAUGAAAACUCAUUCGAAACGGAGGACGCAUGAAAGCUUUCAAGAACAGAUACACAUCUGUCCAACACCAGAGACCGCUCUAGAGGAAGACCUUCCAUGUGUGGUGCGUGUUCCAUGUGUGGAAGUCUUGCAGCAGAAGGCACCGCCUCAGUCACCAUUGGAGAGGUCACACUGGAAGAGGGCCUCAGGGGUGCAGGGAACGGGGGAGAUUAUUUAGCAAGGUCAACCUCACUGAGCAUCACAGAGGUUACACUGGACAAAGGCCUUGUUUGUGCAGGGAAUGUGGGCACCUCUUUACUUACAGAUCCAGUCUCUUGAACCUGAGGUUUCAUACUGAAUCCAGGCCUCAUGGGUGCGGGGAAUGGGGGAAAUCUUGUAGCCAGAGUUCUGUGCUCCUUCAGCAUCAGAAUUCAUGCUGGAGAAGGCCUUUUAAGGACAGGGAAUGUGGGAAAUCCUUUAACUGAAGCUCUGUGCUCCUUCAGCAUCAGAAAGCUCACACUGGCUGGAGGCUUCCUGCGUGUGCGGAGUACUCAGGUGGACGCCCCGUCUCACUGAGGACCCAGAAAGUCACAUGGGAAACUUAGGUCAUUACCGUAGAUGUGCAGGGGAUGUGCGAUCUCUGUACUGCUGAGAACCCUGGAGGUGGUCCCUUGUGAGGGAUCUAAAUUCCACCUGAAUUUAAACUCCUACAUCUGAACAACCACCAAAUUCCAGAUUUAUGCCCCCCAGUUCUGUUGCUGAACCCGUUCUACGUCUACCCUGUGGAAGGUGCCCAUGGUAUGUAUCAUUCACUAACUACAUUGUGUUCAGGGAAGUAGCACUUUCCUGGUGGUGGAAGGGUGUCUGAGAAGCCUGAGCUUUCAUUCCUUUCUCAUUUCCUUCUCUCUGAUGAUUUAGGCCAUGGAUCUGAUCCAGUUUGGGCCUGGAAGACUUUGCUCAUGACUUGAAAACAGACUUCCUUUUUCAGGGAUGUUAUUGGUCUCACAUGACUUUUUUUUUUUUAAUGCUUAUUUAUUUAUUUAAAUCAUUUAUUAUUAUUAUUUGAUUUACAUCCAAGUUAGUUAGCAUAUAGU